UUGAGUUGCUCCCGAUGUGAGCCCCAAUGAGCUCCUGAGUUUUCACGUCUUUUUUCAGCGGAUUUUCUCAUUCAAAGCGAGAAGGCCAGUGUGUAGAGAGGGUGCAGCAGACAAGCCUGAUGAUGCUGUCACUCAUUCAUACGGGACAAUUUACUUCUUAAAAAAUAACCCUAAAGUUCGACAACUACGAAAGAGUUUUCACUGGAUUUUUUUCCCGUCUAAAUUAUAAUAUUUUGGUCUUCUGAGAUCCGCCUUCCCCCGGACAGUUCGUCUCCACUGCGCCGCCAUGUGUGCGCUGUUGCCGGCGUGGCUGUGCCUGCUGCUCGGCCUCCUGCCGCUGGAGAUCCAGUCCCGGGCUUUGACUCUGCAGAACCUCACUCACAGUCACAGACAUAGGUUGAGUUUACCCAGAACUGUUAAAUACCCAAAGUCUUCUAACACCGCCAUCAUGCCUAUUGCGUCUGAUCUCUCUGUUGCUGUUGACAACCACAUCACAGAGGGAGACAGACAUAUCAUCUGGAGGGCCCUGCUGCACAAAGAGCCCCUGCCGAGGUUGGCUGACCCGUUGCCUGACCAGAGAGACAGUGUGCUAUGGGAAGCGCCGGUGUGGCAGCGUGGGUCACGAGGUCGUCGUCAUGCCAACAGUGGCGGUGGAAGGGGUCACAGCCAUCUGAUGAGGGUGGGGUGUGUCCUUGGCACGUGUCAAGUUCAGAACCUCAGCCACCGUCUCUACCAGCUGAUUGGACAAAGCGGGAGGGAAGACUCCUCCCCCAUUAACCCUCACAGUCCUCACAGCUACGGCUAACACCACACCUGGAGGUUACCGCUAAGUUAGCCAGGUCCUUUGUUUGUUUGACACAAUUAGGGCCCAAAAUAAGCCUUUGAUGUCAGUCUUUGCAACCCUGUCUCAUAGAAAUUACCUCUGCAUAAUCCUACUAAAUUUUUUUUCUAUAUAUAUAUAAAUUGUUGAGAUGAAAAACGUAAUUGCUGGCUGGAUUAUGUUUAAAGGAACGCUUUUUUAAAUAAAUGAGGCAGGUAUACAAUAUCUGCUUGCCAGAUAUAUUAUGGCAGAAAACAAAUUAAAUACGCUGUCAGAAAACAUUUUAUUGGUAUGUUAACUAACAACAUUUUCUCAUUAUGUUGAUAGAAAAUGUAAUCUGUGCAGCAAUGUUGUUCUCCCAAAACAUAUUUGCUGUUCCAAAUUAGGAAUAUAUAAUCAGGUCAUUUCAAGGAGACAGGGUUAGUUCCUUGAUGUAUCAUCUAAACUCAGCUGCUUAGUAGCAAAAAUGGCCAUUAUCAUUAUUCAUAUCAUUUAUGGUCUUAUAUUUGUAGUUUUGACCAUCAUUCUCAUCGGUACUAAUAACAUUGCACCAAUGCAAUACACUGCUGAGAUCUGGGAAUGUGGUAACAUUGCUAAAAAGAAGUCUGGGUGCCUCAACAGUCUCACCACAGUUUAUAGGCCAACUUCCUGGUUCAAUCUUUUUUUAUUAUCACCAACAUUUCAGGUGUGCUCACUUUUGGGUUUACGAACAAAUAAAGUGGUUUAGAGAAUCUGGCUAUACUUUUUGCUCGUUUGAUUAUUUGACUGAGAAAGAACAUUGAGUUUCUUUCCCCAUUAGACUCAGAUGUAAGGAUGUUACCAUGUUCCCAGAUUUAAGCAUUUAUUCUGGUGAGUACGAUGUUGUUAUAAGCCAGCGCAGAUGGGAGAUUUCCAGCGUUAUCGGCCAUUACCACCAGUUUACUGCAGUGAAGCUAGAGUCCUAGGUGUUUUGGCAUGUAGGCUAUACAAAAACAACCAUGUAGACCAGAGGUGUCAAACUAAUUUUAGUUCAUGAGCCACAUAACUAAUUUGAUCUAAAUGGGCCAGACCAGUAAACCACUCCAGAAAGAUCAGAAACCUUUUUGCCACAGUUUCUUGUCAGCUUGAUGAUGGCAAAUGCAAGUUGCUUCUGCUACAACAGCGUUCUAAGGCCAUUGUAGGAAAAAUAAUGUUGUGGACCUAGGAUAGAGGGGUAAUAUUCAGAAAAAAAACUCAGAAUUUCUAAGAUUAAAGUCAUAAAUUUACGGAAAAAGAACUCAGAUAUUCUCUGAGAUUAGAGUGGUACAUUUGGAAUUGGAAUUAAUUACUUCUCUGCGAUUUUCACACUUUGCAAAGUCAUCCAGUCGGCCUGACUGGACCCUUUGGCACUUUGACACCCCUGAUGUAGACACUAUGUGCAAAACUGUGAAUGAGAGAAGCCUCUUUCAAACUGGCCUUACUGACUAAUGUCUACUAUCGUCAUCACUGGUGAUCCUGCUGAUCUGAACUUACUUGAGCUCAGAGCUAAUCCACCUUGUCUCUCAAAAGCACCAUCAUGUCCUCUGCAAACAAGUAGCUUUACUUCAGUGAGAACAGAAACCAAGAAUAACCUGGAAUCAGACCUCGUUAACCCUUCACCCAAAAACCCCAAUAGCCAAAAUAACCACAAACCCUAAUCCAUGAUCUGUUGUGACGCUUCUUGACAAAUAGCUUUCUCUUAACAAGGACAACUAUACUUUAGUGUUUUUUAACUGUAAACUGUAAAUCAAAGGUGCAUAAUUUAGAUUUGUGUCACUAUAAAGUCUGUUUUUGAGCCUUAACUGCUUUAAUUUUUUGUAAAGGCCUUGUAAUUUUUCGCCUUUCACUUUCACCAAAUUAAGCAUCACUGUGAAUGUUGACUAUCAAAGUGUUAUUUAAAGCUUUAUAGUCUUCUGCUUUUCUAUGUGUGUCAGUUCAGCAUAACAGUGUCAGUAGUUAUAUUUUAGAAAAAAGCAUAAGAGCACUUUAUUCAUCUUUACAUUCAGUAUGACUUGUGUAAAAAUGUGUUAUUUAACUUAAACUCAAUGAGACCAUUUUGCUGUAAAUAUCCCACUUUACCAAAUCUAAAUGUUCAUGUAAGCGCCCCUCCAAGG